AUGGCCCCGGCGCUGCGAGGGGUCCUCUCUCCUGAGGUGGGCAGCCCAGCGAGAUUCCUCGUCAACAGCUUCUCCUGCAUGACCUACACCGUGCACACUGAGGAGCGGGGAGUGGAGGCAGGGGCUAAUGCUGCAGGCCCCCCGCCCCCGCCGCAGGUGCCGCCCCAUGGGGUCAGCACUGGCUUCCCUACAGCCUUCCCUGGGGAACAGGAUUGGUCCUUCAUACAGGAGCCUUGGUGGUGGCUGCUGCGGGCGGUGCUGCGCCUCUUCCAGGAGCCGGUACCCAGGGCGGCGCUCCGCAGGCUCGAGCGGCUGUCCCCGCACAGCGCCCGCGCCCGCGUCACCAUCGAGUGGCUGCAAGUCCGAGACGACGGCCCCAACCGCACCUCCCUGGUGGACUCCAGGCUGGUGUCCCUCCACGAGAGCGGCUGGAAGGCCUUUGACGUGACGGAGGCCGUGACCUUCUGGCAGCAGCUGAGCCGGCCUCGGCAGCCCCUGCUCCUGCAGGUGUCGGUGCAGAGGGAGCACCUGGGCCCGCCGGCCUCCGGUGCCCACAGGCUGGUGCGCUUUGCCUCCCAGGGGCCCACGGGCGCCGGGCAGGGGGAGCCCCGGCUGGAGCUGCACACCCUGGACCUGGGGACCUACGGAGCUCAGGGCGACUGUGACCCCGAGGUGCCGGUGACGCAGGCUGCCCGCUGCUGCCGCCAGGAGGUGUACAUUGACCUGCGGGGGAUGAAGUGGGCCGAGAACUGGGUCCUGGAGCCCCCGGGGUUCCUGGCCUACGAGUGUGUGGGCACCUGUCAGCAGCCCCCGCGGCCCCUGCCCUUCGAGUGGCCACUUCUGGGGCCACGGCAGUGCGUCCCCUCGGAGACGACAUCGCUGCCCAUGAUCGUCACUGUCAAGGAGGGAGGCAGGCCCAGGCCCCGGGUGGUCAGCCUGCCCAACAUGAGGGUGCAGAAGUGUAGCUGCUCCUGGGACGGGAUGCCCGUGCCAAGGAAGCUGGAGCCUUAG